AGCAGUAGGUGGAAGAGUGGCCUUACAUGAAGAUAAGAUCCUGACUUGGGUAGCCAAGGAUGACUUGCCUAUGAUCUCUCCAUGGUCUUCAGUGCUGCAAUCAAAACCUUUGUGUGGUUUAUAGGCAGUCUCCUUGGCUAAUCUAAGUGGCUCUUUUCCUUCAUGCUAGGCUGCUUACUCUUUCUAUGUUCCAUGAGGUGUUAGUGCCAAGAAGAAGCUUAUGGUUGACUUUACAGUCCUGGAAUGGAAUCCUUAUCUUAACUGGUGGUAAGACAUAUCUUAGAAUCAGGUAUUCUUCACUUGGAAAUUUUCCAUUGUUCUUCAUGGAUCCUUAGCAUCCUCAUUAAUGGCCUCUGUUCUCUUUCACUAUGGACAGGGGAAAUGUAGUGUUUCUACGUUAGAAUCUCGUCUUCUUUAUGAUGGGCAUCGACUCACGUUCUCCUUCUUUUUCUGCAUAUGAGAUUUCUUUUCAUGAUUCGAGUUUGUUCUCUUGCACUAGGGAUGCAGUCAUGCUGUAUUGGGUAUGUAUAUAUAUGUAGUCAUGUGAAGUAUGAUGCUUCUUUGAGGUGUUUCAGUUCUAUGACUGAUACUUAGCCAAUUCAUGUAAGCUUUGAAUUGGCUGACUAUUGUAGCCUGAUUCCUUAAAAGUGCAACUGGCAACAAUUCAGGAUUGUGUAUGAUGUGAGCCUUACUGAUGAUUGUUGGUCUCAGAAUAGUGGUUUCACUACUCAUUUAUCUUCACAACUGCUUCUCACACAUUCGUCUUGGAAUCUAAAGUGAAAGGCAUCAGCUGAUCUACAGAUCAUUUGUCAUUCUAUUUUGUGACAUAACUAUUUGCUGCAACUUCUAACAUCCAAUUACAUGAUUUCUGACGCAUUAUCCGAACCAUUACUGCUGGAAUACACGCUCAGGCAAAGGUGUUAGUCUUCUGCUUUUAAUCUGUUCUUUGUAUUUCUGUACUUAAAGUUUGUAUCUUUGAUCCAAUUUGCUUUGAAAAUUAAGAUUUUAAUGCAGAGAAGCUUUUUAACCAAAUAUGGAUCACUGGCCAUACUCGUGUGAUUGCCAGCCCGUCAAAGUGAAGUGCUGCAAGUCAAGCAAGAAGAAGAGAUGGUGAUUAGAUCUCCUGGUGGCAGCUGGUUGGUCUGUUCUUGAGAAUGCUUUUGAGACUAUAGGUUGAGGGUUUUCCAUCCCAUCAAAUUUUGAUUUGUCCAAGUGGUAGGAUCACUAGGAAAUAUAAUGGUCGAUUUCGUCUGUGAAUUUGGUCUUGUUGUUGCAGUAAUGAAAUGGUUAUAGCGGGUAGAAAAAGGAAAUCCACGAAUCAUAGUUCUGCAUAAUUUCCAAUAUGUUGCUUGUAUAUGUGUAGGAAAGCAGAUUAGAUUUCAGGGAUGAUUCGUGAGGAAUCAUAGUUCUGCGUAAGUCAUUGAGCUUCGAAAUAUGGUUCAAUGCAUCAGUUGCAGACAAAGGAUCCAAAAAAGAUUCUUGUGUGUGGUCUUCGUGACCUGAUGUAAAGCUUCAAGUAAAAGAAUCGAAGGUAAACUCAAGAGGAGAUCUAAAGAUGGCGUUAAAAUUGAGUUCGUAUCGUGUUUCUACCCCCCGCCGCUUCUAUUUAUAUAUAUACAUAUAUAUAUUACUUCCCUAGAAAUCAACCAAAUGGCUCGUCUUUAGACCGGAGGAGCUCUUCCCUCCUCUCUGCUCUCUGGACUUGCUUUGGUUUGGUUUCGGGCAUUGCAUUCGGCGAUGACGCGGCCCAACAUCGACAUGAUCACCGCUUCUCUCCGGAACUGCUCUCUGAGAAGAGGCCGGAGGGAGCCAAAGCCGCCGCCGCUGCCACGGCGGCAGCAGCGGCGCCAUCUCGUCGAGGACAGCGACGAGAUCGCGGGAGUCACGGUGGAGUUGAACUCGGGGACCGCCCUCCCGCACAACUGGGAGCAGUACCUCGACAUGAGGACAGGGGAAGUCUACUACAUCAACUGGGAGACCGGCAUCAGAACCACGGAGGACCCGCGAAACUCCACGAUCGCCUCAUCCUAUUCCGACGAAGGCGAGGCCUCGGAUGAUGAGGACAGCGGCUCCAGCUACGACGCCAGCGGAGAAACCACCGGCUCCAGCUACGAUGCCAGCGGAGACACCCCCUGCUCUUCCAGCCUUUCCUCCGCCUCCUCCACGGAGACCUCCGCGUCCGUCGAUGACGUUGGCAGCGGCGGCGGCGGCGGCCACGUCCUUGUCGCCGCCGGCUGCAGAGCCUGCUUCACGUACUUCAUGGUCCCUAAGCGCGCCCAUGUCUGCCCGAGCUGCGGUGGCCGCCUCUUCCACCUCGGCAACAACGGCUCCUCCUGAGCUGAUCCAGUGUCAAAGAUCGCGUUUUUAUGAACAUGCAAGUUGCAAUCUUUGUACCCUUUCUUUCCGAACUACACGCAGAUGUGAAUCAUAGAGAUGACAUCAGUCCACAAACAGGAGGGAUCAAUCAAUUGAAUUCAUUAAGAGUUCUCUUUAGAAUGUCAUCGUUGUUAUCAGUGGCUCAGUACCGCAAUCACGCACUCCGUGUGGGACUCUCUCGUCUUCUUCGUCUUCUUCCUCUUCAUCCAUGUUUGGUUCAGGCUCCACGCCAACCUGGACGCGGGGAACAAAAGCGUAGUGGACUCUGAAGCGAUGAGGUGUGCUUGUUUUCCCUGGUCCUGCCUCACUCCCCACGUCGCCCACGCCGAGCUCCAAUCUCAAAUCACGUCCACGCGUGCAUCUCAAAGCACCAAGAACGCAGAUCACGCGAUGGACACUCCGAAUGGGUACGAGAGGACCACGCCGGAAUUGGAUCUUUCGUCAUCCAUGGCAGUUGCGGGCCUUUGGGAUAUGGACGCGCGUGGAGAUCUACUUGUAUCCUUUCCUCUGUUCUGUAACGGAACGGUACUUUUGUAAGGGUCAUUUCGGAGAUCAUUGGCUUUGUUCCCCGUUGUAUUUUCUAUCGACCAUUACUUGUC